GAGACGGGGCGGGGCCGAGAGCCCGCCGGCCGCUUUUCCCGCCUCCCGCGCCGGGGCCGUUACCGCCGCCGCGCUCCGCUCCGCUUCCCCUGAGGCGAUGAGGAGGAGCCUGGCCCCCAGUCAGCUGGCCAAGAGGAAGGCGGGCGGCGAUGAGGAGGAAGAGGAGGAGGGGGAGGAGAAGGACUGGCACCCCCCGACGACUCGGAAGAGACAGAAACCUGUCAGUGAGGCAGGGAGUGGGGAGUGUUACCUCUCGCCUUUCCGGAAGCCCUUGGCUCAGCUGACCAACAGGCCUCACUGCCUGGAUAGCAGUCAGCAUGAGGCUUUUAUCCGCAGCAUUUUGUCCAAACCCUUCAAAGUUCCCAUUCCAAACUAUAAAGGGCCCCUGGGCUUGCGUGCACUGGGCAUCAAACGGGCAGGGCUGAGGAGCCCUCUCCAUGACCCUUUUGAGGAAGGAGCUCUGGUUCUGUAUGAGCCCCCGCUGCUGAGUGCCCACGACCAGCUGAAAAUAGACAAGGACAAAGCACCUGUCCAUGUUGUGGUGGAUCCUGUCCUCAGCCGUGUUCUGCGGCCCCAUCAGAGAGAAGGAGUGAAAUUCCUCUGGGAUUGUGUGACGAGCCGCCGGAUCCCCGGGAGUCACGGCUGUAUCAUGGCAGAUGAAAUGGGGCUGGGCAAAACCCUGCAGUGCAUCACCCUCAUGUGGACACUUCUCCGGCAAAGCCCAGACUGCAAGCCUGAAAUUGAGAAAGCCAUGGUGGUGUCUCCCUCCAGCCUGGUGAGAAACUGGUACAAUGAAGUAGAGAAAUGGCUGGGGGGAAGGAUCCAGCCACUGGCCAUUGAUGGAGGCUCCAAAGAAGAGAUUGACCAUAAACUAGUUGGCUUCAUGAACCAGCGUGGCCUCCGAGUGCCUUCACCCAUCCUGAUCAUCUCCUAUGAGACCUUCCGACUCCAUGCUGAGGCUUUAAAGAAGGGCAGCGUUGGGCUGGUCAUAUGUGAUGAGGGCCAUAGACUAAAGAACUCUGAAAACCAAACAUACCAGGCUCUCAACAGCUUAAAUACACCUCGACGAGUCCUAAUCUCAGGCACCCCCAUUCAAAACGAUCUCCUUGAAUACUUCAGCCUGGUGCACUUUGUCAAUUCAGGCAUCCUAGGGACUGCACAGGAAUUUAAAAGACAUUUUGAAAUUCCCAUCUUGAAAGGCAGGGAUGCAGAUGCAAGUGAAGCUGAGCGCCACAAAGGAGAAGAGAGGCUUCAAGAGCUGAUCAGCAUUGUGAACAGGUGUUUAAUUCGAAGAACUUCAGACAUCCUCUCCAAGUAUUUGCCAGUGAAGAUUGAGCAAGUGGUCUGCUGCAGGCUGACACCUCUUCAGGCUGAGCUGUACAAGAACUUCCUGAAGCAAGCCAAGCCAGUGGAGGAGCUGAAGGGGGGCAAAAUCAGUGUGUCCUCUCUCUCUUCCAUCACUUCCCUGAAGAAGCUCUGCAAUCACCCUGCUCUAAUCCAUGAUAAGUGUGUGGAAGAGGAAGAAGGUUUUAUGGGAGCCCUAGACUUGUUUCCUGCUGGCUACAGCACCAAAUCUGUGGAGCCCCAGCUUUCAGGAAAGAUGCUGGUUUUGGACUACAUCCUUGCUGUUACAAAAAGCACCAGUAACGACAAGGUGGUUUUAGUGUCUAACUACACUCAGACACUGGACCUAUUUGAAAAGCUCUGCAGGAACAGAAGGUACUUAUACGUCCGUCUGGACGGGACCAUGUCCAUUAAGAAGAGAGCAAAGGUUGUGGAGCGAUUCAACAGCCCCUCAAGCCCCGAGUUUAUCUUCAUGUUAAGCAGCAAAGCAGGUGGCUGUGGUUUGAAUCUGAUUGGGGCUAACAGACUGGUUAUGUUCGACCCAGACUGGAACCCAGCUAAUGAUGAGCAGGCCAUGGCUCGUGUGUGGAGGGAUGGCCAGAAGAAGACCUGCUACAUCUAUCGACUGCUUUCUACAGGGACCAUAGAGGAGAAGAUAUUCCAACGCCAGACCCACAAGAAGGCCCUCAGCAGCUGUGUGGUGGAUGAAGAGCAGGAUGUAGAAAGGCACUUCUCACUUGGGGAGCUGAAGGAGCUCUUCACAUUGAAUGAGACCACCACCAGUGACACCCAUGACAAGAUCAAGUGUCGGCGCUGUGUGAACGGCCACCAGGUCCGUCCCCCCCCUGAAGGGUCUGACUGCACCUCUGACCUCUCCCAGUGGAACCACUGUGCUGACAAGAAGGGGCUGCAGGACUCGGUGCUGAAGGCUGCUUGGGACGCUGCUGUCACCUUCACCUUUCACCAUCACUCCCAUGAAGAGCAGCGAGGGAUUCCCUAGCAGGUUACUGUCCCCUGUGGGGGCAAGGGCAGGCUGCUCUGGGGCAGUCCAGCCCACCUCAGUCCCUUUCAGGGGAAGGGGCAGUGGGUAGCAGUGCACACUGGAGUGUUGUGUUGCUGUGGAAUAGCAGAACAGCCUUGUUUCUGAGAGGCUGGAAGGCCCUCAGCAUUGGUCAGUUGACUGCAACAGCAUUGAGUGCCUGAAAAGCAGCCCUUUGGGAACAGGGAAUAAUCAGACUUUGCUUGAUGAGAUUCAGCACUGUUUCUUGUGCUUUUGGCAUCUGUGUCAAAUCUUGUCUUCAGGUUUAAGUGAAGCCUGCAGUCUUAAAGCACUUGCUGUGCACAUUUUUUACAGUUACAGCUUAUAGCUCCUAAUCAGAAACUUGAAGGACUUGUUUCUAUUAUGAAAAGUGAACCUUGCUGAUUACUCAGGAACAAGGGGACUUGCAUAAGGGGGAAAAAAAAUCAGCUUGUGUGAACAUCUGUCCUGAAAGAUCAUGCAGAGUAGAAAAUCAGGCUCUACUGAGGUCACUCCAUUUCAAAAAUCACUUGCUUUGUUAUGGACAGGAUUCCCUGAUCUAGCAGAGUGUUUUAAUUAGAUCGCAUUACAAGCCAGUAAUGAAACUUACACUUUGGUACAUUAUGGGUCAUAAUUAUAUUUUUAUUAUAAAAAAGUUACAAAAGAACAGACUAUUCAAAACCUCUGUAAAAUGGCUGCAGACACAGGAGAGAGGCAACAUGAUUGCUAAUAGAUAGGCUACUUGGUAAAUAAAUAAACUUUUUUUGUAUAAAGUAAAAUAUAAAA